GCCCACCAAAAAAGGCAUAACAGGAAAUGCUUGACACUGGAGAGAGGACAUAAACGGAGCAACUUAGUGCUAUGUAAAUUGGUCCAAAGUAAACAGUAAGGAAACUAUUCACAAACGUCUGAAUUUACCACAGCUGAGAAUAAAUAGACUGAAGGAAACAAAUCUCUUUCUAAAGCACAUUCACGCACUGAAUUGACAGACUGAGCGCCAACUGUCAUUCGUCAAGUUAACAGUACAGCACAGACAGGACAGAACAUUAACACAGAUAUUUCUUAUAAUGGGAUCGAGAGCUUCUACGUUGCUGCGAGAUGAAGAAAUUGAAGAAAUUAAAAAGGAAACCGGCUUUUCCCACAGUCAGAUAACACGACUGUACAGCCGAUUUACCAGCCUGGACAAAGGAGAAAAUGGGACACUAUGCCGUGAAGAUUUCCAAAGAAUACCAGAACUUGCUAUUAACCCUUUGGGAGACAGAAUAAUCAACGCUUUCUUUCCAGAAGGAGAGGACCAGGUGAACUUCCGUGGGUUCAUGCGGACGUUGGCACAUUUCCGCCCUAUUGAUGACCAUGAGAAGAACAAAGACCCCAAUGUUUCUGAACCACUAAACAGCAGAAACAACAAGCUGCUUUUUGCUUUCCGUCUUUACGACCUGGACAAGGAUGACAAGAUAUCACGGGAUGAGCUCUUGCAGGUCUUGCGCAUGAUGGUUGGUGUUAACAUCUCUGAUGACCAGUUGGGCAGCAUUGCUGACAGGACCAUUCAGGAGGCAGAUCAGGAUGGCGACAGUUUCAUUUCCUUCACCGAGUUCAUAAAGGUCUCGAUGCCUCAGCAGUAUCUGCCAAUGAAAGUGUGGUCCUGCUGAAGCUCUUAACAAGACGCCUCUCCAGCGAUGAGCCAACAUCACCCACCACCUAGUCCACAAUUCCCAGUCUUUUGCUUUUCUUUACCAGUUAAGAAAAAAAAAAAAAUAUAUAUAUAUAUAUAUAUAUAUAUAUAUAUAUAUAUAUAUAUAUAUAUAUAUAUAUAUAUUAUUUAUUUGUAACAUUACAGAACAUAUAAAUGAAGUGCACCCUGCUAGUUAUUUUGUGUGUCCUAAACAUAAAGGUUCACUAAAAGCAGAGAAAAAAAAACUUCCCAGGUUCUAUGCAUGUUUCAAGCGCAGUUUAUUAAUUUUUCUAUGUCAACUCAAACCAACGAGUGUCCAUAUAGUCAUCUUUUCCAUCACCUGUCCAUUAUCCCUUACCACCAGCGAUGUUACUGCAGUAACUUGAGCACAUUUGAGUAAAACAACCAACCUUAAACUUCAGAUAGAACCACGAUCCAAAACUCUAUUGAAGUAGAACCACGAUCCAAAACUCUAUUGAAGUUGCAUCUCAGAUUAGGGUCAGAUUCACAGUAAUUGUUCAUUCUUUUAAGAAAUGCCACAACGUGGAAGGAACACCUGGGAAAGUGAGACCAAACCAGUAAUACUAUUGACAGCCAAAACACUGAGUGUGUUUCUGAAACAAACAUCCAGUGAAACAUUUGGAUUUGUUAGACAGCAGCUUCCGAAUUCUGUUUUUGUGUGGCAUGUAUUUCAUUCGUGGACCACAGCUGCCGUGGGUAAUCUUUUUCUCUGUGACUCAGUGGGUUUAAUGAGCAGAACUGCCUUUACUACAAAACCCCAGAUAUUCAGUAAUGCCAUCUGGAAAUCAGAAUCCACACAAGCAAAAUGUGAGAUCAGAACUAAGAGUUCUGAUGUCUAGUUUCUGCUGCUGUAAUAUCUAGAAAAGUGUUAAAAUUGGGGACUAUCUGGCCUUCACUGGAGAUUCCGGAGGGAGUGUCGCAUUGGCUCUGGUGCUCCCAUGGGUUAGAGAGGCAAAACCCUCAGGGUCUGUUUUUCCUCAUCGCACCACAGCUGACCCUACUGGCCAGGUGCCUGUGAACUGAAAAGGACACCUGCAUGGCUGGCCUUUGUCCUCCAGAGGCUGGUAGCUCACCCACUGAACCUUCAGUUCUCCUUAGGUGUGUGGGGAAUUACUGUGGUGAGAGAGCGUAAUUGGACAGUCUAAAUUGGUAAGAAAAUUGAGGGCACUCUCAAAAUACUUAAAUAAAUGAAUAAAGUGGUCACUACACCCAAACAUUUGCAUUUAAGGUAGUUCAUGCGUCAUUUAGCAGAACUAUUUUGACCGACAUUUACUUGUAAUAGUUUUAAUGAUUGAGCAGUACAGUGAUCUUUCAGGGUGGUACAAGAGCAGGGUGCUGAAUCGCUUAGAUUGAUUUUAAAGUUAAAACUGCAAGAUGUUAAAGCUUUGCAUGGCUAAACCCUGUAACUUUCUCCAUGAGUUUCUUGUUCAGGUCUAACAAUUGUGAGGGCUGCUUCCAAAUGCUGUGAGUAUAGUCGCUAGUCGCUACUUCUGUUGAGACAGAGGGAGGGGUCAUCCACGAAUGGUCUUACCUGCCCCUGUUCAACUGGACCAGAAUUAGACCCAUUUCUAUGAAAAACUGCAGUCAAACCUGCUUAUUGUAUGCCCCUAAAGCUGUAGUUGAUUUUAUGUAUUUAAUGUCUGCUGUAUACUUGAUAUUCAGCAAUAUUGUUUGGGAAUCAAAUCUAAACAUCCAAAAUACAAACCGUCACUGCUGUGCAUAUUCCCAUAAUGCACUAGCAGAUGCUGCUCUACAAAAAGAGAUUGCAGAACGUUACCUGCCAUUGUCUUGCAUGACGAAUGGCUUUUCAGUAUGAAACCUCCUGCAAUAGUUACAUGCAUAAAUCAAUCUGAUUUACAAUACACGCUGGGAAUGUACCUUAUUUUCUGAAGACCAUGCCCAAAUAAAAUGGCAGGAUCUUUUGUUGCCUCUUCAUACUAAGCAAAGCUAAAUCUAUGAUGUAUAGAAAGUUUUUUAAUUUUGUUUUACACAAACUGCAGGUAGGUUGAUAAAUUUAUGUUAUGUAAGAGAAUGUUUAUGAAAAAAAAAUGUGUAGCACAUACAUUUGACUUAUCCUCGAGGCAAUAAAGGAUGUGUAUAAAUUAUCAAUACUGUCGCAAUAAUCAAUUGUCCCAACCCUACAGAGCGAGCAAUCAUCUUUUAUUUUAUGUUAUUUUCUGGUAAUAAACUCCUACUCCCCAGCUAAUGGAAGCAGCCAUUAUACCGUUGUACUGCAUUUAUUUCCCCUUUCCUUACCCUAAAAUUUCACCUGAAUUUAUGGGUAUGUGCAAUAUGUUUUGUAUAUAAUUGUGAAACAAGUGACAAGUUGUUUUGAGAACAACAAAAUCACCACGUCUUCCAUUUUAAGAUGUAUAGUUCCAUGUGCAUUAGCUUAAUAGCAGGCUGUAGUGCCAUAUUAGUGGCCAUGCAUGAGGUUAGCGUUGCUUGCAUGUGAAUAACUUUAAACAAGAAAUUGAAACUUGAUUGAGCUACUAACGUACAACGCAGCAUCCCUUUUUAAGCAAAGCUGAGAUGCUACUUUCUGUUGGACUGUUCUAAAAACAUACAUUUUGAAAGUAGAAAUUGUAUUUCAACCUUGAUAAUUAGGGAUGCAACAUUUGAUUUAUAUGCAAUGAGCGCUGGAUUUAGUGUUACCUGUAAUAAAUACUAACACAAUAGUUUUAGUAUUGCAUAGUAGAUUACUGCUUAGCUAAACUAAUUUUAAUGCAAAAUACCUCAAGUUUUGGAAUGUCGAUAGCACAAAUCAAGCCAUACUAUUAAUAGAAUUUUAGGAGCAAUAAUGUUAUGCAUGAACUAGUAUCGGAAUGGAAAUAUAAAUGAUUUAGGAAUUAAGUAGAAUGAAUAAACAUUAAACUGUUGUAAAAAUGUUUUUAGUGAGAAAGGGCUUUGUUUGUUUUUAAAGAUUUUUAAUUUUUUUUUAAGAUUACUGACAGGUGGCAUUUCCUGUUGCCUGUUGUAGGCUAUAAUUACAGCAGCAAAAAGAAACCAAAUUCUUGUUUUCUUCAAAUUAGUGCAGUAAAAUCUAUAUUUUCAUUAAAAGAUUGUCAGGAUUAAAAUUCGUUCGCACGUGUUUGAUAAAUCAUAUUCUUAAUGCAUUUAAAGGUAAAAUGCUUAAAUGUGUCAGCUGGCUUUAUUGUUCUUAACAAAAGGUAGCCAAAAUGCUGGCUUUAGUCUACCUACAGAAAAUGCCUCUGGUUAUGUAAUCACUUUUCAUUUUGAAAGAGCAGUUUAUGGUAUCUGUAUAGAUAUUGUAUACUACCUGUAAGCAAAAUGGUCUUUUUGAUUGUCCCGCUUGUGUGGUACACAGCUGUAGGCUUUUAAUUUACUAGGGCAAGCGUACUGGGCUUUGUAUUAGUCAUUUUGUUUUCUAAUGGCCUUUCUCUGAGAGGAAAAUAUAGGCAGAUAUUUGAAAGUGAUUUAGGAAAUGAGAAAGAGUGAAAUAGUCCUCUUAUAUUAUGCAUGUUACAAUAGUGUUAUAUUAGGUUAUUACUAAAGUAAAAUAUGCAAAGGCAAAUCCUCAUAUAGUAGUACUGGGGCGAACAUGUUUUUUUUUUAUGUGUGAAUAUCAGAAUUCAAAGGAGUAUUCCCUUCAUUUUGAAUUGGCUGGGGGAAAAAAAAAAAAUCUCUUGGGACUAAUACCACCGUCAAAAUACCAGAGACUUUCUUCUGUGCAGUGGAAUGUGUGUUGUUAAGACAUCAUUAUGCAUUGUUUUUUUUUUUAUGUAUUUUUUCAUAUUCAUUUAUGAAUUCUGUUAUAGGAAUGAAUACAAACUUGGUCACUGUUGUCUGCAAAUUUAAAUUGUUGUAAGGUUUGAAAAAAGUGACACAAAACUGUAUAUGUAUACAGUUGCUAAAGGUAUGUUGACAAGACACAAAGCAGCCUGACCACAUUUAUUGAGUAAUUUGUUCCAUCACUACUAGACAGAUCUACUGUGUUCUAAAAGCAGUUGUUGUAUUGUUUUAUAAACAUGCAGAACAAGGUGUGACAAACUGUAUGUGUAUCAUUUUAGUGACAAGUUGGGUUCAAUUCUGAGCAGUGUAUUAAGAAGAAGCAUUGCUUAAAGAUAUGUGAAGGUUACAUUUCCAAGUAAUUCUGUUUUGUUUUUCUGCAGCAGAAUUGUCACUUUUAUGGGUCAUAGGAAAAGUGCUUUUUUGCGUUUACAAAUAUGUUCUGUACUGGUUGUCGAGAUUAGCCAGACUGGAUUUUAUUUAUAUUACUGCAACUUUAUGAAGAAUUUUGUACUUUGUUUAAGAUGGUGGGUAAAAUUAAAAAAUGGGGUUUUUAAUGGGGUUAAACUAACAUGGCCAUUCAUUCUUUGAGACAUGCCUACGUGUUAAGCUAAUUUGAACACUUUCUGGCUAUUGCUGCAUGAGAGCUAAUAGCUUAUAAAUACAUGCUCUAGUACUUUUAUUUUUGGUUCUAGUUGUAUGUUCAACAGCUUAAUGCCAAACGAAAUGCAGCAUGAUUUUACCAACCAGUGUUCCUUGACUUUAACGGCAACAACAAAGCGUUCUGAAAACAGUUGCCAUAGCUAGUGACACUUGAAUAAUUCAAGGCAACAGAAUUGCAGUUUAAUGUUUGUGUUUUCAUUCUGUAUCACUCACUUUGUACGACAUAUAGAUCAAUACAAAUCGUUUUUUUAUGUCAACAGAAUGAUGUGUAUGUGAUUUUACAUCACCAUUUUAAGUAAGUACAGAGUACAGUAAGAAAUGUAUUCUUUCAAGUAAACACAGUAUACUUCAGAAUUCAUGUUUUUGUGUAUUUCUAUAAGAGCAUAACCAAUUAAGCUUUUUGUUCCUUUUGCUUGUUUUAUGUAUUUUAAUUAAUUGUAUUGCUUUAAACUAUGCACUUCAGAAAAAGGAAAACUACGGAUUUAUAAAACUGUAACCUCUGUAUCAAAAAGUUCUACAGCAAUAAAAGCAGCGUGGUGCCAGUUGUGCACUAGACUCUG